GAAUAUGAGCCACACGCAAAUAUGCAGAUCUUCGUGAAGACCCUGACGGGGAAGAUGAUCACCCUCGAGGUCGAAUCAUCGGACACAAUCGACAAUGUGAAGGCCAAGAUCCAGGACAAGGAAGGCAUCCCGCCGGACCAGCAGCGGCUCAUCUUCGCCGGAAAGCAGCUCGAGGACGGCCCCACCUUGGCAGAUUACAACAUCCAGAAGGAGUCAACCCUCCACCUUGUCCUCCGUCUCCGCGGUGGUGCGAAGAAGCGUAAGAAGAAGACCUGCACUAAGCCGAAGAAGCUGAAGCACAAGCACAAGAAGGUCCAAAGGCUUCGCAAGGAAUGCCCUAACGCCGAGUGCGGUGCCGGAACCUUUAUGGCUAUCCACUUCGACAGGCACUACUGUGGAAAGUGCGGCCUCACCUAUGUCUACCAGAAGGGUGGUGAUUAAGCUUUUUUAUGAAUCCUUUACUUUUUCCCAUUAUUAUUACAUCUGGAUUAUGAAAUUUAGCUUUUUGUUACUGUUUUGAUUUAAGGUGUUGUGGAUUACCUUCCAUCUAA